UUCCUUGGUGACGUGGUCACCCGCUGCUGUGUGUUCCUGGGUGGGAGCAUGAGGUUGGGCGACUUGCUGUGAAAUGGAAGAUACUCAGAGUCCUUCCCCUAUGCUGGGUUCAUCAGUUACCCGGAGGCUUAAGUUAUUCUAAAUUACAGUGUCUGCUUGUUUUGAAUGGUUCUCCCCUUUAAGUUUUUGCAAAAUAAGAUUUUUAGAAUUAAGUUAAAAAAACUGAUAGUUUUUUUUGCAGUAAAUAACAUAAAAUAUAAAUAUAUGAAGUUUAGAAAUCUUAAAAAUAUCUCAUAGUGCCUAGUUACGUAUAUAUGCAGUUUAAUACUUUAAAUAUGCAUGUUGAAUCAUCUCGUGUUUGAAAUAAACAUCUAUACCUAUAGUUACUUUGGCCUUGAAAUCCAUGUCUUGCACAGUAAUGUAUUUCCCUUUUAAAAGAAAAUUGGAACUAGCAGAAGUUAAAAAUAUACUAGGUUGCAGUGUAGUACCUAUCAAAGAUAGGUAAACAGGUCAUUCUUAAUUUUUGUAACACGUGAUUAUGUUACUUCCAAAAUAUUGUGUGAAGUGUGUCAACAUGUAUUUUCCCACAACAAUGAGCUCAGUGUUAGGUAGCCAAGAGGAAAUAUGAAUGAAAAGCAAUAGCUAUGUGAUAUAAAAUUAUGAGCAAACAUGCAACACUCAUUAUUCAUGAUAAGUGUAUUUUGUGUGUCACUUACAUGGGCGCUAACAUUUGUUGAUGUGAAGUUGUAGGAUGUAGCCUUGAUUUUUAGGAGAUGUUUACUUAGUGGAUGGGUUUAUACUCCUGAUAUUUGGCUGUUAUCAUGAGACACGUUUGCAUACAGGUGUGUAUCCAGACACAUAAAAUUUUCAGACAAAAUUGUUCAACAAUUUGAGAAAAAAGUUUCCUUGUCAGAAGUUCAAAAACUGGCAUAUUUGAUGUUUAGAAAACUUAUAUGUGGAAUAGAAGGAGGCAAAAUGCACAUUUCUUUUUUCUUUUCACCCUGUUGCCUAAGCUUUAUCUAUUAUUCUUUAAGUGUGUAUUUUAUAUUAGGAAGAACGUUUUCCUUCGAAGAGAAAGAGUUGAAUUUAAUAGAUUUGUGGAGUUGUCUCUUUUUCUGCCACUUUCUAACAACUCCCUUAUCGUGAACUGGGACAGUUGUCCCCAUUUUCUUCCUCUUUAUCCUUUCCUCAAAAUCAAACGCCUUUUUUUUUUUCUUUUAAAAAUGCGAAUUAGAGAUGUGUUCUACUAGCAAUUACACUCAGUAACAGUUCCUUCUUUGAAUCACUUUCGAGUAUACUAAAAAAAUAAAAAUAAUGCUGCCCAAACAAAGGUCUACCACAAAUCUUCAGCUAUCACAGAAAUUUAUUUCAAAAAGAAGUAAACUUUUCUACAUAAGACUUCCACAUGACAGCUACCCUGAGGACUACAGCUGAUUCAAAGGAAUGUACAUUUUGUUUGAUACCAGAGGUCCUUUGCAGAUCCAUUCUUAAUAUGCAAAAUCAUCUUACAACACAGGGGGAAGAGAAAUGUCACAUGAAGAGGAAAGAAAAAAAAAGCCAAUGAGAAAAUCAUGCAUUUUACGGACUGACUGAAAUAAAAGAAAGGUUGCCUUUCCACCCAUGUCUCAGUCUAGGAAAACAGAACCUUUCUUAGGUUCUGUGAGAUGUGGCACAGCAGAGCAGGGACUAUUGUGUCCUUUCCAAAUGGGGUAGCUGGUGGCUGUUACCUGGGACAGUGCUUGGUGCCCAGCAGGUACAUGAUUUUGGGACAUACCCACAAUGAGAACACCUGGAAUGUUAAAGAAAAACUGAAAAUCUUACAGAAAUUUUUAUGCAGUAGUAAUAAUUAUGCCACAGAAUUCUGAUUUCCCUGGAUUUGGGGAGGAUCACCCAGCUAAUCAGCCAUGGGAUAAGCCACUAAGUUCUCAACCAAUGCAUUGCAUGAUUUUCUAAAAAAAUGUAUGAUUCUCUCAAAAACAUGGAUGAUUGAUCUCCCAUCAAGGACCUAGACCCAGCAAAGUGGAGAGUGGAGAUGAGGAGAUACUGCUGCUCAGGCUGAUGCAGGGGAAAAACAUGAGGGUCCCUGUAUCUGAGGAUGUAAAGGAUGAACCUGAAGAGGAAGAAACAGAAGAAGAAGAAAAUGAAGACAAGGGGUUCCUUAAGCCUGUUAUUGAAGACCUAAGCAUGGAACUGGCCAGAAAAUGCACUGAAAUCAUCAGUGACGUACAUUAUAAAGAAGAGUAUAAAAAGUCUAAGGGCAAGUGUACAUUUGUGACUGACACUCCCAUGCUCAACCAUGUAAAAAAUAUUGGUGCUUUUAUUUCUGAGAUAAAAUACAAAGGCAAGGUGAAGGCCGAGCUUCCCAACUCUCUUUACAAGCGGAUGCCGGCCACCAUUGACAGUGUCUUUGCAAGAGAAAUUUCCCAGCUUCAGAGCAAGGUCGCCUAUAAACAGAAACACGAUGCUGCCAGAGGACUCUCAGAUUAUGCCCGGAUGAAGGAGCCGCCUGAGAUCAAACACGCCAUGGAGGUCACUAAACACCAAAGUGAUAUUUCUUAUAGGAAAGGUGUACAAGACACCCACUCAUACACAGCAGAGCUCGACAGGCCGGAUAUCAAGAAGGCAACACAGAUCUCCAAGAUCAUAAGCAAUGCAGAGUACAAGAAAGGGCAAGGAAUAAUGAAUAAAGAGCCUGCUGUAAUUGGAAGACCAGAUUUUGAACAUGCCGUGGAAGCUUCUAAACUUUUUAGUCAAGUUAAAUAUAAAGAAAAAUUUGAAAACGAAAUGAAGGAUAAGAAACAUCAUUACAAUCCCCUUGAAAGUACUUCUUUUAGGCAACGUCAACUUGCGGCCGCGCUGGCGAGUGGUGUGAAUUACAAGAAAGACAUUGAAAAUAUACACGACCCGGUUUCCGAUCUCCCAAAUUUGUUGUUUUUAGACCAUGCCUUGAAAGCCAGCAAAAUACUCAGUGGACGAGAAUAUAAAAAGCUGUUCGAGGAAAACAAAGGCACGUACCAUUUUGACGCCGACGCCUCGGAACACCUGCACCAUAGAGGAGUGGCCGCACUCCAGAGUCAGGUUAAAUAUAAAGAAGAAUAUGAGAAAAAUAAGGGGAAGUCAAUGCUUGAAUUUGUUGAGACUCCAUCAUAUCAAGCUUCAAAGGAAGCUCAAAGGAUGCAAAGUGAGAAAGUUUACAAAGAGGAUUUUGAGAAGGAGAUUAAAGGAAGGUCCUCACUGGAUUUAGACAAGACUCCUGAAUUUUUACAUGUAAAGUACAUCACCAACCUUCUGAGGGAGAAAGAAUAUAAAAAAGAUUUGGAAAAUGAAAUAAAAGGGAGAGGAAUGGAGCUUAAUUCAGAAGUUCUUGAUAUUCAAAGAGCAAAACGAGCAUCUGAGAUAGCAAGUGAGCAAGAAUACAGGAAGGACCUGGAGUCAAUAAUUAAAGGGAAGGGGAUGCAAGUUGGCACCGACACCUUGGAAAUGCAGCAUGCCAUGAAAGCUGCUGAGAUAGCCAGUGAGAAAGACUACAAAAGAGACCUGGAGACUGAAGUUAAAGGAAAAGGCAUGCAGGUCAGUCCAGACACUCUCGAUGUCCAGAGAGCUAAGCGAGCAUCCGAGAUGGCCAGCCAGAAACUCUAUAAGAAAGACUUAGAAAAUGAAAUUAAGGGGAAAGGAAUGCAAGUGAACAUGGAUAUCCCAGAUAUGCUUCGAGCCAAGAGGGCAUCUGACAUCUACAGCCAGAAAAAGUAUAAAGAUGAAGCAGAGAAAAUGCUUUCUAACUAUUCCACUGUGGCAGAUACUCCUGAAAUUCAGAGGAUUAAGAUGACACAACAAAACAUUAGCAUGGUAUUUUAUAAGAAGGAAGUAGAAGCUGGCACAGCAGUAAAAGAGACUCCAGAGAUGGAACGAGUGAAGAAAAAUCAGCAAAAUAUUAGUUCACUCCAAUAUAAAGAACAAAAUUAUAAGUCCACACCGGUGAGCAUGACCCCAGAGAUAGAGAGAGUGAGGAGGAACCAAGAGCAGCUGAGUGCGGUCAAAUACAAAGAAGAGAUUAAACAGGCAACUCCCAUUUCUGACCCCCCAGAGCUGCAGAGAGUGAAAGCAAACCAGAAGAAUAUCAGCAAUGUUCAUUAUAAAGGUCAGCUGGGAAGAGCUACACCUUUAAGUGUAACUCCUGAAAUGGAAAGAGUGAAGAAGAAUCAAGAAAACAUUAGCUCGGUAAAAUAUACUCAGGACCAUAAACAGAUGAAAGGUAGACCAAGUCUGAUUCUAGAUACACCUAGUCUGAGACAUGUUAAAGAAGCACAAAAUCAUAUUUCAAUGGUAAAAUAUCAUGAAGAUUUUGAGAAGACGAAGGGGAGGGGCUUUACUCCUGUUGUGGAUGACCCUGUGACAGAGCGUGUGAGGAAGAACACCCAGGUUGUCAGCGAUGCUGCCUACAAAGGGGUCCAGCCUCAUGUGGUGGAGAUGGACAGGAGACCCGGAAUCAUUGUUGACCUCAAAGUUUGGCGCACGGAUCCCGGCUCCAUCUUCGACAUUGAUCCCCUGGAAGACAAUAUUCAGUCUAGGAGUCUGCAUAUGCUCUCUGAAAAGGCGAGUCUCUAUAGGAGACAGAGGUCUCGAUCUCAUUCCGGCAGUACCUUUGGUACAGGUCUGGGAGAUGACAAGUCAGAAAUCUCCGAGCUUUACCCAAGCAUUUCAUGCUGCAGUGAGGUAACAAGACCGUCUGACGAAGGAGCACCUGUGCUCCCUGGGGCUUAUCAGCAGGGCCAUUCCCCAGGCUACGGGUACAUGCACCAGACAAGCAUGUCUUCCAUGAGGUCUAUGCAGCAUUCACCAAACCUGAGAACCUACCGAGCCAUGUAUGACUACAGUGCCCAGGACGAAGAUGAGGUCUCUUUCCGGGAUGGCGACUAUAUCGUCAACGUGCAGCCCAUCGACGAUGGCUGGAUGUACGGCACGGUGCAGCGGACCGGGAGGACGGGCAUGCUCCCGGCAAAUUACAUUGAAUUCGUCAAUUAAUUCUUUCUCCCUGCCCUUUGAGCUUUAUUCUAAUGUAUUCUAAACUUAAUCUUUUUAAAACCUAGAAGAUACUUUUAAGACAACUUGGCAGUUAUUUUCCAAUAAUGUACCCUUGCUUUGACAAUUAGACACAAGGUACCAGGGAAGUAGGAAUGACUUUGGAGUGAAAACAGCAGCAUUCUCAGUAAUUCCUGUAGACAACAACAUGGUGUCUGGAGGCCUGGUGCUGCUAAUUGUGUUUGUGAUUUCCUUUGAUUGGCUCCUGAACCCUUCCGGAAAAUGUAUUUUUGUAGACUUCAAUAGAGACAUUGAUUGUCCCUUAUAUGUAACGAGUAUAUGAGACUUCUUAGUUGUCCCUUUGGAAUAACCAGAAGCCAGUUCUCUUCACUCAGUGACACAGCCAGUAACUUACAAACUGUUUAGCUUUUGAGUCAUUAGGCAAUUUCCAAUUCAAGUGAAAAUUGUCUGAUAUAAUAAAUGUAAGCAGUGGCAGAAUGACAGUCUGGUUAGAGUUGCACUGACUGACUGGUGGCCUUAGGGACUGAACAGGACAUUGCCUUGUUCCUGAGGCCACUGGGGUCUGUGUAUGUCUCAUUUGUACCAAGGCCUCUCCUACUUUCCAUUUAUAUUCUCUGGACCCGAGUUUAUGCCUGGUCCCACAGAAUGUCAGGACUAAAUAAUGUCACAGCUACUCUGCAAAGGGCAAAGUUUAAUGUCAUCUGUAUUAUUUCCCUAGGAGUCUUUACCCUGUUGCAUGUCCUGUAGGUUUGGCUUCUGUUACUAACACAAACCACGUGGCUGAUAUCUACAAGCCCUGUCUGUCCUCUAGUUAGCAGCUCAUCAGAAAAACAUCUUUAAAAGUUGCUUGAGAUUUUCUUGCUGUACCGCACUCUAGAUUCGAAGGCCUGACAUCUUAGGAAAUACAUGUAUACUCUAAUAAAUAAGUGAUUUAGGUGCUUACUGAACAGCUUUCAUUAGUUUAAUGCCACUUGUGAAUUCAAAGUAAAGAAAAUUUAACAGGACCUAAUGAAAAUAUGAAAUUUGGAGUGAACUAGGAAAAAAAACAGCAAAUGAGUUUGCUUUGCACAGAGAUGAUUUGACUUCUUAUUUUGGAAAAUGAUAUUCAGAUUCAAGAAUGGAAAUGUAGCCUCUAAGAGUGAUUUCAUCAAGAAAACUUCCUUUCUACUCUCUGGUUUUUGUUUUCUAAAUUACUUUCAGAGGGUGAGAUAGGAAUGUCAUCAGAGAUUUUUCAGGGUAGUUUUCAAAAAAACGAAUGGUCGUGUUUUGAGUGACUUUGCAGGCUUGUGCUAGAUUCCCAGCCACAAGUGUAAACCAUGCUGGAUGUGCUCAGUGCCUGCAGUGAAGGUCAUCAGUAGAUUGAUGUCCAUUGGCAACUCUGUGUUUUUCUGAUUGUGCCCUUUAUUGUGACUUGCAACAGGGUAGCAUUCAUGUAGGCUCUGACUGUGUCAUUGUGAUGAAAUUGAGAACAGCAAAGUCACAAAAAUGUCUCUUAGGUAUCUACUUGGUGUAUUCAAAGAAAUUAACAAAGCAUUCUGUUACAUUUUUUAUUGAAGUGUUUACUAGCCUAAAGGCCAAAGCUGGUUCAGUUACACCUUGUAAAAGUUAGCGACAUACUUUUGAAAAUCUGCACUUUCCUUUAAUUAAGCUUAAAGAAGGAAAUAAGCUUCAUUAUACUAAAGCUGUAUCUAUCUACAUAGCACUGAUGUAAAAUUGAAAAGAGAAAAAUGCAAGCAAAUUAAUAGAGAUUUUUUGGAAAGGGUCUUUAUCAAUUACCAGAUAACCAGCUUACCUGAUUUUCUGUCACUUAAAUGACCAGUCAUGAUUAAAUUGAUUAUAGUGUGUAUCUGUCUUGAUGUCUUAUAUACAGAUCUAAUUUUGCAAAAAUCUGUACAUUAAAACCAAGGGCAACAAGCCUGCUUAAUUUUAUUAUACUAAAUAUGCCUUUAUACUUCACCCAGUCAGACCAUUUUCGGUACAUGGAUAUAAAAAGUCACUGUUGAUUAAAUUUUCAGACUAAAUGUAGGACAGGUACAAAUUUUGAUACACAGCACAUAUACAGGAAGAAAGGCAACAGACUUGAAAUAAUGCUUGUAAUCAGGAAAGGUACCAUCCAGCAGUAGCUUGUUGUUUCCUACUUUUCUCAUCCACUAAUUUUAAAAUCAGAUUCAAUGAAUGUAAAAGUCAGUACAUAUUUGGGGAAUAUGUACUGUGUCCUACAACUUUAAGCUACACAUAAUAUUUGUAUAGCAAAAAAAAAAAAUAUUUGUGUAGCAAAAUGUUUAAGCCUUUAGGAAUUAAGAUCUGAUCAGAAUUUAACUAGGGAGUAUUUAUUUUCGCUAAAGACUUAGGCAGAACAACAUAUUGCCUGCUGUUGAGGUUUACAACUGGAGAGUGUUGGAAUUGUUACUAACACUUGUCAGGAUACUAAGCAUCUCAGUAGAAUACAGGAAAUGUGUGUGUGUAUAUCAAAGUGCUACUUUUAUCACAUCAUUUAAAAAACCUACAUCCUCGAGCAGCUUUUCUACUUCCCACAUGCCUUCAAUUUGAUAAACAACACUCAUAGCUAAGAAAGAGUUUAAAAGCAAGUCCUUUAAAACUCAAGUUAAAGAAGACAGUAUAUGCUAAGCACAGAGAGUAUGCACAUGACCCCUAAAUUGGAUUUGCCCUUAAACUGGACCCAAGCACAAGGAGCUGUUGGAAACAUUUUCAAAAGUUUCUGAAAACUGAACUGUAUGUGGAUCUUAUUUCUCUUGAGAAAAGAAUAACAACAGAAUACAUUGGUUUUGUUGUUAAGUUUUUGUAGCAAAUGUUUUUUGCUAAUUCUUGUUCUCUAGAAAGCUUGCUACUUCUAACCUAUGGCCAAAUGAAUUCUGUAUGUCUUCUUGUUAUUGUUUGCACAUCCGCAGCGUAGCCUGGUUUGAAAUAUUUAUCUGGUUGUCAGCUGUCCUCGGAGGUUCAGCGUCUUCCCACGCCUCUUGACCUCCAUAGACCACACAGGAAUUUGUAAGCACAAUUUCCAUAAGUACCUUGUAUAAAUACGGAUGAGAUUAGACCAACCCCUCCUUAGCUGUGAGGUACAUUGUUUAAAGAUGAUGACAAUGGUGUGUUUUUGCCGGUUUUACCACAGUCUUUCUUUCCUGAUCCUCUCUGUGCUGAGCUUUCUAACACUCUGGGAAUUAGGAAGAAGAUAUUUCUUUUUAAAAGACAGAGUAGAAAUUUAAGAGGUGCACCUUGUUUUCAGGUUCAUUCAACUUCAGUAGAAUGUUUUUAAUGAAAAGAUAAAGAAAACGGGAGUGAUCUUUACUAACAUCCCAAUAUAUAGUAGAUAUAGUUUAUACCAAAAUUAUACUACAAAUAUAUUAUACAAAGAUAGGUGCCUUUUUGAUUACCCUUGUUUAUCUAUUAUGGUCUUGGGAAAAAACCAAGCAAGCAAGUUUCUGCCUAUUCUAUAGUAAUAUUUUAUUAUACAUGGUUGGUAUUUUUGGGGUGGUUUUGAGGGAUGUUCCUGACAGAUAUUACAGGUGAUAGCUGAUUUUAUUUUACCAUUAAAGGUUUAGAACUUUAGAAAAUGCUGACUUCUUUCAUAUGUUUCUGAAAAGUUCUUUGUGGAUUUAUAUAUAGUUGAGAUGUAUAAACAUUAAACCUUAGGUUUGGGAUUUAAAAUAUGUAUUGUAUGAUAGAAUAAUUAUGUGACAAGGCUGAAUUCACUAUGUAAGAUGAAUUUCACUUCACGAGUUAAUUUCACCUUAGCUUUUGCUUCUGAUAAUCUGACAGUGGCCAGUUGGUAGCCAUGGGUACUCUGGCAUAAGGAUAAUAAAGCUUUAGUUAAGGAAGAAGCUAUGUAAACCAACUUGUUUGCUAAAAUGUAAGUCUCUUUCUCAAGUAUUUCAUGCCUGUUAGGACCCUUUCUAGGCAACUAACUAGCAACUACUGAUGAUCAAAAAAAGCCAAGACAAAGUCAAGACAUUGCCAUCCACAAUGCUUAGACUAGUGGAACCCACAGGUGGGUCUCCUCCCUGGUUGUCCAUAUUCCUCCAUUAUAUUCAUGGAAACUUCAUGUGCUUUUUUGCGUUUGAUAUAUGGAAUCCAGUUUGCAUAAUGCCCCCCCUUGCAAUCCACUUGCUGUUCAGAAUUUAUUUUAAAGGAGAAAGAGAAAACUGCAUCACAAUUCCAUUCUUUAAUGUCCAUACAGUGAAUUGCAGAGCAUUUUAGAACCAGCACCAAGUCUGACAGGCAUGAUACGUGUGGAACUAUUGGUCUUUGACCUGUGAUAAAAAUGCCAAUUUGAACUGUUGUGGUUUGCUUUCUGUUUGCGUCAAAAUAUGUACAAUUAUGGUUGAUGGUUAACUUGUAAGAGUGUACUAAGUUGGAGAGCAUUAACAGUUUUGAAGGAAACAUUUAAUACUUUGCAAAUGAAGGGGCUUACAGGAUGAUACGAUGUUAUUAAUAUAAUUUGGCUUUUGUUAUGCAAAUUGUUAACACCAGCUAUUAAAAUCUAUUUUAGUAGAAAUGCUUUAAUUCAUGUUUUUUUCCUCUACACUGUGAAUCUUUAAGCCUUGGUGAACUAGAGAAAGGUAAUGCUGCCCAAAGGACUAACCUAUGCAAAUGAGUUCACAUUUUUGUGGAUGUCACAGUAAAUGUGUAACAAGACAUUAUUCCCCCCGCAUAAUGUACAAAGACAUUGGACAACACCUUAAGCCUAGCAUCCCGUAUGUAUAGUGUGGUUCACUCACAAACCCUUUGAGACUACCAUCCUCAGUAGUAUUAGUAUUUGUCUGAAAGCAAAUUGCUUAUCGAAAUUAUUUGAAUGAUGUCAGAAUGGGACCGAUAGAUGGACGUGUGGGGUGUAGCCUUCCCAUGGUCCGUGCAGAUGUUCUCCUGUGAUAGAACUGUGCUCUCACACGCACUCCCUUCAGGGUCUUCUAUUCUGUAUUUGUAAAACAUUAUAACGCGUUCAUUUCCUAUCUAUCUCUACACAUUUGGUUUGCUUAAAUAAAUGCAGGAUAAAACAAAA